AUGGGAUUUAUAGAUGCCAUCUAUAUUCUUGAUACGGAACAAGACCCCGUAUUCCAGUAUCAAUUGGAUCCGAAUGUGCCGUCUUUCUCAUACAUUCAGAACCAGCUACUUACAAUCAAGCGUGAAAUCAAUCCACAGAGUUCAACUUCGAUACUAUCUUUAGAGAGUGCAUCUUAUGAAAGAAUCUUUGAAGCUGACCCGUCAUCUGAAUCCAUUGGUUUGGAUCCGGUCGUGAAGUUGGACUCGAAAUGGACUGCAGCAUGGUGCAAAUGUGAAGAUCUCUAUAUCCUGGCUGUAGGGACUUCUCGUCCAGGAACCUUAGAAGUAGUAUCUGAUGACGAGGAUGAGGGCGAGGACGACGAUGACGAUGACGAUGACGAUGAGGGAGAGGAAGCAUGCGAAGAAGGAACAGCAGUGGAAGAAGACUAUGAAAAAGAUGAUAAUCAAGUGAAUGGACAAGAGACAAAAGGAGAAGAAGAAGGGCAUUGGUCGGACAUAAAUCAACACAACGCUUUCUCUGACAAUGACUGUAAAACAACAGAAAAUAAUACACAAGAUGUAACUGAAGAUUCAGCUAAGAGCCAGCAUAUUUACAAUGUACUUAACCCGCUACAGUAUAUCAAUUUUUUUGACAUUUUAGCACAAGCCAUGAAGAUGAUGUUGCAAACCGAUACACUAACGGCGCAUAAAAUAAGAAUUAAAUCACAUACAAUAGUGAUGUUAUUGCAAGAGUUGUUUGAUGCAUCUGUUCCUUUGAUUUCUGAUCUCAACCAACUAAGAGAAUUACUUCCUAACGAUAGUAUAAUAGAUAAGCUUGUUUCUGCUACCAAACAAAUACAAAACACUGCAGCAUCGUCAAUCUCGACCUUCAAAAGUGGCUAUAUACCGAACAUUAGGAAUGAUAAUACGCCAGAGCCAACAAAUACCUUCAAUUACUCAACAAUACUAGAAAAAUCCGGCAAUAAAUUCCCUUGGAGGUCGACACAAGUUAAGAAUGCUCAAAAUGAAAUUUAUAUCGAUCUUUAUGAAACUAUAGAUGUGACUAUUUACCCGAAGGGUGGUAACAAGGCGCUGAAGAAUUUAAAGGGAAAUUAUACCUCAUUUCCCACUGCUAAUAGAAAUCCGUAUAUAAACUCCGAUGCAUUGUUCUCCAAAUCGGUCAUUCAUGGCCAUAUUGAUCUGACUACCUCAUUGCCAGGAUCGCCUAAUCUAGAAAUCCAGUUGAAUGCACCAUAUGGAAUAGAUUUGGAUGAAUGCUAUCCGUCCUUACACCAUGCCAUUGAUAAGUCGGUUUGGACAAAUUCGGGCGGUAAGAUAAUAGAGCUAGUUCCGCCUGAUGAGAAAUGUAAGUUGUUGACUUACCACAUUGAUCUCUUGGAAAUGGGAGACUCGAAUCCUGAUUUGGAUAUAUCAAAAUAUGCGGGAUCGAUUGGUGUUGAACUCUACUCUGGCUUAGGUACAAAUAAAAAUGAAUUUGAGAUUGUCCUGAGCACUGGGUGCGGACUUAAUUCGGGAUUUGGAACAAACGAUGUCAAUGUCAAGGAGAUUGAAGCAAUUGAAAUUGAGAUUUUCCUUCCUGAAUCGGCAUCAUCGCUUGAUUUGUCAUCAAAUGAGGAUGGUCUAGGUGAGGCCGGUAGAGACUUCAAUGGUACUGCUACCUAUGGAGCUAACAAGAGUACCAGUGACGAAGAUCCCAACCUACAGUUGAAAGUUUUAAGGAGUAGUACAGGUACUAUAAUACAUUCCGAAUCUGGGAAUAGUUACAAAUGGGUGAUGGACUCCGACGUUGUCAUUGGUGGUAGAUAUACAUUACGUGGGUGUAUAGGAAUUGGCGAUUGCAAUGAGGAAAAAAAGGUUCCAAUAAAGCCAAAAUUCUUGAAAGUGAAUUACAGACAUCAUGGCAGUGUCCCAAGUGGCAUUAAAGUUCAAGGGGUCAAGGUUUUAUCUGGUGGAAUCAAGGCCAAACCAUUCAAGGGUGUCAAAUACACUUCUAAAAGUGGCGACUUUAUUGUUCGAUAA